AUGUCGGCACCCCAGGUCGCAAGGGCGCCGGUCCAGCGGCUUCGGGGCCUCAACGAUUCCUAUCACUACCAGUCCAAAGCAACGCAACGAAGACAGGCGCCUCAGGUCGCUGCGCCCCAAGCCGCCAAACGCACAUACACUUGCUGUUCCGACCCCCAAAUCGACACUUCAGACAAUGAAGUCAUGUGCUACAACUGCGGUCAUGUCCACAACGAAAGCAACAUCGUCUCCGAGGUUACUUUUGGCGAAACUUCAGGCGGAGCAGCCAUUGUCGAGGGUGGCUUCAUCCACGCGAACCAGCGACAUGCAAACUCCAUGGGCGGGACUAUGCGAGGCUUGGGCGGCAUGGAGAGCAGGGAACAGGCUGCGAUGAGUGGCAAAAAUUCUAUCCAAGCUCUCGGCGCAUCUCUCAAUCAGCGCGAGGCCGUCAUAGAGCAAGCCUUCAUGUGGUACAAGCUCGCCAUGAACCAUAGAUUCAUUCAAGGUCGCCGCAUGAGGAACGUCGCUGCUGUCUCCAUCUACAUGGCUGCGCGGAGACAACCCGAGAAUACGCUUAUGCUUAUCGACUUGGCCGAGAAGAUUCAAACAAAUGUCUGGGCUUUGGGAGAUACGUACAAACAAUUUCUGGAGAUGCUAAAAGAGGAGGAUCCAGCACAGCUUGUGGGCACCAAGGCCGUCCAGGAGAUCGAGCCUUUGAUGCUAAAGUACUGUCGAAAACUGGAGUUUGGGGAUGACUCUCACAGAGUUGCCGACGACGCCUGUAAGGUCCUCAAGCGAAUGAACCGAGAUUGGAUGGUACAAGGUCGUCAGCCGGCUGGGCUUUGCGGUGCUUGUAUCAUCAUAGCCGCCCGUAUGAACAACUUCCGUCGAACCAUUCGAGAGGUCGUCUACGUAGUCAAGGUCGCCGAUUCUACCAUCACAUCCCGCUUAUACGAAUACAAGAGAACACAGAGCGCGGCUCUGACGGUCAAUCAGUUCCGAGAGUUUGGACCCCGCCUCAAGGUUAAGGCUCAGCCUCCUGCCAUCUGGAGGCGCGCAGAGAAGGAAGAGCGCAAGGAGAAAAAGAAGCAACGGGCCCGUGAAGGAAGUGAUGUUGCAUCUCCACAGAACGAGUCAGCCGGUAGCGAAGUUGAACCAGGCGAGGAUACAGCACCAAAACGCACAAGCAAGAGGCGCAAGUCGAAUGAUGGUUCGUCUCAACCGGCCGGAACACAAACUGAAACCCUUGGCACACAGGACAGCGAUCCGUCUGCUGAAAUAGAAGCGUUCGAUGGUAACAACGAGGCGGUUGUGGAGUCGGUUGCUUCUGCAGUUGAAGAACUUGAGGCUGGUGAGACCACCGAUCCAGACUUUGUCAUGCCCAAGAAGCGUGGCCGACCACCAAAGAAACGGGUACCCGUCGUCAUCGACGAAGAAGAUCUUGAAAUUGAGCAGGAUCUGGAGGAUGAAGUCACAAGCACCAUCAAGGAUUGGGAGGGUAUCUUCAAGGAGAUCGCCAACAGCGAAGACCACGAGCUUCUUAGGCGCUCUGGUUGGACAGCAGCAGAGAUGGCCCGCGUUGCUGCUGACACCCGCGAUGUCGUCCCCGUGAGUUUGGAUCCUGAAGUCGGUGAAGACGAAUUCAAUGAUGACCCAGACGUUGCGACCUGCAUCCUUGCCCCGGAAGAAGUCCGCCGCAAGGAAGCUAUCUGGAUCACGGAAAACGAAGAUUGGCUGCGCGCCCAACAGACGAAGAUGUUGGAAGCCGAACUUGAAGCCGCGGAAGACAAGCCCAAGAAACCCAAGCAGAAGCGCAAACACCACCAAAUGGGUGACGGUAAUGUUCUUGAAGGCCAGCCGGCAACUAGUGCAGCGGACGCUGCUCACAAGAUGCUUAAGAAGCGCGCCAAAGCUUUCAGUAAUCACAUCAACUACGAUCGGCUCAAGGAGCUAUUCCCCGGUGGCCAAACUUCAGCGAGUCCAUCUGGUAGUGGACAGGGUGCCAGUCCGUCUUCCAACGCACCAGGUGCUGUACAGCAGGCUACAAACGUUGAUGCGGAGGGUGAGGAAGAAGAAGAAGAAGAGGAGGAGGAGGAGAUGCAAGAGGCAGAAGAGGAAGAAGAUUUGGAGCACAACUACCUGGAAGACGACGAUGAAGGGUUUGGUAAUGAAAGCUACGACUACUAG